CUGACUAAUCCAAUAUGGAAUGAUGUACAUCAGUUAAUGUGGCUUUUAAAAAGUGCAUGCCCUGUAAAGAUAUUGGAGUUGUUUUUAAAAAACUGAAGGAGGCAGUGAGGUGGACUUGGUUGAUAGUUUAUUCAUAUUACUGAAUGUUUUUUGGAGAUAAGCCUUACCAGGAACUCUUGCAUGAAAGACUCAAGUCCUUAUGCAGAUAAGGAACUGGGCAAGAUAAAAAACAAGCAUCAAGAUUUAGUAGCCGGCUUCUGUAAUGGAAGAAAUCUUCUGGAGGAAGGUUUGUGUUAGGAUUCUGUUGGUAUCCUGGUGAUAUUCAACUGUUUGAACAGCCUGGAAGAAAGAGUGCCAUAUGAAACACUGAACAAGCGAUUCCGAGCUGCCCAGAAGAACAUUGAUCGCGAGACCAGCCACGUCACCAUGGUGGUGGCGGAGCUGGAGAAGACGCUCAGCAGUUGUCCUGCUGUGGACUCCGUUGUCAGUCUCCUGGAUGGAGUCGUGGAGAAACUCAGUGUUCUGAAACGCAAGGCUGUUGAGUCAAUCCAGGCAGAAGAUGAAAGUGCCAAGCUCUGCAAACGCAGGAUUGAACACCUGAAGGAGCACAGCAGUGACCAGCCAGCUGCUGCCAACAUGUGGAAGAAGAAACGCAUGGAUCGUAUGAUGGUGGAACAUCUCCUACGCUGUGGCUACUACAACACAGCUGUCAAACUAGCCAGGCAAAGUGGGAUUGAGGACUUGGUAAAUAUUGAGAUGUUUUUGACUGCUAAAGAAGUAGAAGAGUCAUUGGAAAGACAAGAGACUAUGACUUGCUUGGCUUGGUGUCAUGACAAUAAAUCCAGACUCAGAAAAAUGAAGGGGCGCCAAACUGAAAACGAGCCGAAGAUGGGAUGCAAAAGUAAAUCGGCCAGUGAUUACUGUAGAGAAAAUGAUGAUCUUGUUAUGGAAACCAUUAAAGGAAAAUCAGAAUUGAGCUGUCUGGAGUUCAGCCUAAGGAUUCAGGAGUUCAUUGAACUCAUUCGACAGAACAAGAGACUGGAUGCUGUGAGACAUGCAAGAAAGCACUUCAGUCAGGCUGAGGGAAGCCAGCUGGAUGAGGUUCGACAGGUGAUGGGAAUGUUGGCCUUUCCUUCAGACACUCAUAUCUCUCCCUAUAAGGAUCUCUUGGACCCUGCUCGAUGGAGAAUGCUGAUCCAACAGUUUAGAUAUGAUAACUACAGACUACAUCAGCUGGGAAACAAUUCUGUUUUUACUAUAACGCUCCAGGCAGGCCUCUCAGCUAUAAAAACACCACAGUGUUACAAAGAGGAUGGGAGCUCAAAAAACCCCGACUGCCCUGUGUGUAGCAAAUCCCUGAACAAGCUGGCUCAGCCCCUGCCGAUGGCACAUUGUGCCAACUCCCGACUAGUCUGCAAGAUUUCGGGGGACGUAAUGAACGAAAAUAAUCCUCCUAUGAUGUUACCAAAUGGAUAUGUCUAUGGAUACAAUUCUCUGCUUUCUAUUCGUCAAGAUGACAAAGUAAUUUGCCCAAGAACCAAAGAAGUCUUCAACUUCUCACAAGCUGAGAAAGUCUACAUCAUGUAGGUCUAAAACACACAAUGAAGUGCCGCUGGAAUUUUGACACAGUGUAUCUUGGCAUACCCUGUAAAGAGGGGGCCUUAAUGUGUGGCAAAGAAGCAAAACCUGCCACCUUGGGGAGCAGACCUGUCGGUGGCAUUAUUGUUUCUUGCGACCAAAGAUCAAUGAGCAACAAUAAACACUCUUGAAAGGAAAAAAAAGAAAAAAAAAAAGGAAAAAAAAGAGAGGAAUUAUGACUUAAGUUUGUACUUGAAUAAAAAACACAAAAACAAAUUUUGAUUGUUAAGGUUUUGUAACAUAAGGUCAAAAAUUGGACUCUUCUCAAAGAAAAGUACUUUCAUCUUCUAAAGGAUAGCUUUCUUUAAAGAUGGACAUUUGCACUGGGGGAAAAGUUACAACAGAUUUGAAAUGAAAUCCAUUUUUCUUCCCUCUUUUUCACAAUUGUCCAAGACCCUUUUGUUAUCAAAGAUCUCAGUACUACCAACGUGUUCUCCUUUAAGCUCCUCUUUGCCUUCUUUAUGAUCCUCUGGUGAAGUAAUCCUGAACAUGAAUGAUGUAACUUAUUUCCGUGGGAAGAUAUUUUUAAUGUCUUUGACACAAGGUGGCUUCUCUGGAGGAUCAAAUAGCGACUGGUUUGAAGGAGUAUGAAGUCUUUUUCCAAACCCAAAUAUUUUAAGGAGGUUGCAUAAGUAUCAAGAACUGAGAACAUUUCAGGCAAAAUCCAAUGCUUGUUUAAAUGUUCUUUUUCCAGUCUACCAUAGUGUUAAAGUCCUUCUAAAGUUAUUAGUUAUGUGCAUAGGGUUCAAUAUGAAAUCAUUAGUGCUACUGCCUUAUUUCUUGCUUUGAGAAUGUACUCACAUGACAAUGAGCUGGUAUUCUUAAGUGUUGGGCGAAGUUUCUGAAGAUGCCUUGCAGGAUGAUUACAUAAUUUUAGGGUCUAAAUAGUAUUCAUUACUGAAACUAAUAGUUCAAUUUUAACAACUGCAGAACACAUCCUUAUGACUUUUCAAAAGAAUUAAACCAUUGUAGUUUAAACAAAACCAUUAUGUAGAGGUUUGUAUUUAGCGCUUAUUUUUGCAUGUUGAUGUUGAUUAGCUAAUAAAAGAUUGUAAAUGUAAGACAUGUUAAUAAAAAUUGU